AUAAACAUCAACAUUUGUAAACAAUGCUACAGGUCAUCUGAUUGUGGUUAAUACUUAAAAUGUAUUAUUUUAAUAUAUUAUACAGAUAUAAAGGGACAAAUAAAUCAUGAGUAACGAACGUACUACUGGGGACAAUUGCCGUCCAUUCAAAUUAGCCCAUCAACUGGUCAGUCUUACAGGUAUAAGCUUCGAAAGGAAAAGUAUCAUAGGAUGUGUAGAGCUGACUGUUGUUCCAGACCGAAAUAAUUUACGACAAAUCAAGCUUAAUGCAAAACAGUGUCGAAUAUACAGAGUAACUCUAAAUGAAGAAUAUGAGGCACAUUUUCAGUAUUUUGAUCCUUUUCUGGAUGUAUGUCAAUCAGAUUCAGAAACGAGGAACAUUGAAACCUUUUCUCAGCAUCACUUGAAUGCAUCUUUAAAAGUAGAUCCAGACAAUAAUGCAGGUGAACUCGUUAUAACAGUUCCACCUGAAGCAACACAUUUGAUAGCUGAAGGUACAGCUUUGAGAGUAGGAAUAGAGUUUUCACUAGAACAACCGCAAGGAGGAAUUCACUUUGUUGUUCCUCCCAAGAAAGAGGGUGGUAAUGCUGAAAAAACUGCCCAUUUGUUUACCCACGGACACCAGAAUGCAACUAGGUUAUGGUUUCCCUGUGUUGAUAGUUAUGCUGAAGUAUGUACAUGGAAGCUAGAAUUUACUGUAGAUGAAGAUAUGACAGCAGUUUCUAACGGAGAUCUUAUUGAAGUAGUCUUUACUCCAGAUAUGAGAAGAAAGACUUACCAUUACACUUUGAAUGUACCAACUUGCGCUCCUAAUAUUUCAUUGGCUGUGGGGCACUUUGAAGUCCUAGUUGAUCCGUUCAUGCAUGAAGUGACACAUUUUUGCUUACCUCAUUUGAUGCCACUUCUGAAAGUAACUUCUCGAUAUGUUCAUGAAGCUUUUGAAUUCUAUGAGGAAACAAUGUCCAACAGAUACCCAUAUAGUUGUUACAAACAAGUAUUUGUUGAUGAAGCAGACGAAGAUUAUAGAUCUUAUGCUACUAUGAGCAUUCUAAGGGUAGAUCUCCUCCAUUCUGGUGUUAUUAUUGAUCAAGUCUUCGAGACAAGAAGGAUUAUGGCACAAGCUGUUGCAGAACAAUUUUUUGGCUGCUUUAUUUCCAUGCAAAAUUGGUCAGAUAUGUGGUUAAACAAGGGAAUCAGUCAAUAUCUUUGCGGUUUGUACUGCAGAAAAAGUUUUGGAAAUAAUUAUUAUAGAGCCGUUGUCCAAAAUAUGCUUCUUGAAGUUGUACAGUAUGAGGAAAAGUAUGGAGGAAUUGUCUUAGAUCCAAGCCAACCACCUCAACCUCUUCCAGUAGGUGUAAAUACGCCUCAAACAAGUAGUAGUCAUGAGCCUGAAAAAUUCUAUUUUUCAAUAAGAAACCUCCACACGAUGUCCCCUAUGUAUGUGGAAGCACUCCACAAAAAGUCCAUGUUGGUGAUGAGAAUGUUGGAGCACAGAAUUGGGCAAGAACUACUACUUCAGGUAUUCAAUAAACAACUAUCAUUGGCUAUGAACGCUGCCACUCAAAAAAUAAGAAGCUGUCUUUGGGGCCACAUGCUCAUUAGUACCAAUGUUUUCACUAAAGCUAUAUUUACUGUAACGGGAAAAGAUAUGGCCGUUUUUAUCGAUCAAUGGGUUAGAACGGGAGGCCAUGCAAAGUUUCAUCUUACAUCCAACUUUAACAGAAAGAGAAACACAAUUGAAUUAGAAAUUCGACAAGAUGCGACAAAACAAUUAGGAAUAAAAAAAUAUGUUGGACCCCUUCUAGUCACCCUUCAAGAACUCGAUGGCACCUUUAAACAUAUGCUCCAGAUUGAAAAUACAGUGGUUAAAGCUGAUAUUACGUGCCACUCGAAAAGUAGAAGAAACAAAAAGAAAAAAAUUCCUUUGUGCACCGGGGAAGAAGUUGAUAUGGACUUGAGUGCUAUGGAUGAUUCACCAGUACUUUGGAUAAGAUUGGAUCCUGAAAUGACUCUCUUGAGAUCGGUAGUUAUCGAACAACCUGAUUAUCAAUGGCAAUAUCAACUUAGACACGAACGUGAUGUAACUGCACAGAUUGAAGCAAUUGUUGCACUUGAACGAUAUCCCACACCUCCAACUAGAAUGGCCUUGACUGAUACAAUAGAAAACGAGCACUGUUACUGGGAAGUCCGAUGUAGAGCUGCUCAAUGUCUCACAAAAGUGGCUAAUGCGAUGGUUGCAAAUUGGGCUGGUCCCCCUGCUAUGCUUGCUAUUUUCAGGAAGUUUUUUGGUUCAUUCGCUGCUCCGCAUAUUAUAAAACAAAACAAUUUCACCAAUUUCCAGCAUUAUUAUCUUCAGAAAACUAUUCCCUUAGCUAUGUCAGGUUUGCGGAAUGCACAUAAAAUUUGUCCUCCGGAAGUUGUUAGAUUCCUGUUGGAUCUGUUCAAAUACAAUGAUAAUUCCAAGAACAGAUAUAGUGAUAACUACUAUAGAGCGACAUUGGUGGAAGCACUUGGCCGAACGGUAACCCCAGUUGUAUCGGUUCAACAAGGAGCACCAAUAACUUCUGAAACCUUGAGUGCCGAUACCAAGUUAAUUUUAGAGGAGAUAACGAGGUAUUUGAACCUUGAAAAAGUUUUGCCGUCUUACAGGUAUUCUGUAUCUUGUGCGUGUUUGAAAGCAAUACGGAAUCUACAGAAGUACGGUCAUUUACCCAGUAAAUCUGUUUUGUUCAAGUUUUAUGCUUCGUACGGCCAAUAUAUCGAUGUUAGAAUAGCUGCAUUGGAAUGUUUGGUAGAUUUUGUUCAAGCAGAUGGUAGAACGGAAGAUCUCGAAUUCUUAUUUGAUUUGUUGGAAAACGAUCCUGAUUCAGGUCUUAAGCAUAAACUUGCUGCAAUGCUUAUCCAAAAUCCUCCCUUCAAAAGAGCACAAAGGAAUCGGCUUGAUAAACCGGAAUUGGUUGAAAGGCUUUGGACGAAUAUAAACGGUAUGUUUUCGCAUGAUUCUCGUCUACGUUGUGAUAUGGUAGAUAUUUAUUACGCAUUUUACGGAACCAAGAAACCAUUUUGUUUGCCUGAUCCUAAAAUGGAAGGUAUUUUGAGCCUCGAGAAGCAAAGGCAUGACAUCCAAUCAAUGAGAAGUUUCAAAACUUCCUCAUCAGUUUUCAAAAAAGAAAAAUCUCCAGUUCCUUCCACUAGUGGGAUAAAAUCCCUUAUGGAAUCCUCACACAGAGAUUUGGCCAGUGGGAUGGUUAUAGAGGAGCAAGUUGACAUGAUGACUGAUGUUAUUGUGACAGAUGAAAAGAUUAAGGAAGAGCCUUUGGAUUUACAUGUUGACUCAAAUCAAACAGUAGCUGUUAAACAAGAAUAUUAUUCUGACAACUCUGUUUCUUUGCCUGGAAUGGGUCUCAGUGGUCCCGUAGGUUUUGAACCUGGAAUGUUCAAACCAGAUGGGGAACCAAAACCGAAGAAAGAAAAAGACGAUCUAAUGAAGAUAAAGAAGAAGAAAAAAGAUAAGAAAAAACAUAAGCAUAAACACAAACAUAAACAUGAGCACAAGCAUGGCAAAGAGAAAAAAGAGAAAGAUCCUAACAAAAUAAAAUUGAAGGAAGAAACAUUGAGCUCUGUGAGUUCUACGCCAAGUCCUCCAAAUGGAGGUAAUCCUUCUUCAGAAAAUAUGUGAAAGUGUGAUUUUUCUUUUUUCAUAUUUAAUCAAGUGGAAUAUUUUAAAUAAAAAUUUUAUUCAAGAUA